AUUGCCAAGUAUGCCCACGGACAUGGAACACACAGGACAUUACCUACAUCUUGCCUUUCUGAUGACAACAGUUUUUUCUUUGUCUCCUGGAACAAAAGCAAACUAUACCCGUCUGUGGGCUAACAGUACUUCUUCCUGGGAUUCAGUUAUUCAAAACAAGACAGGCAGAAACCAAAAUGAAAACAUUAACACAAACCCUAUAACUCCUGAAGUAGAUUAUAAAGGUAAUUCUACAAACAUGCCUGAAACAUCUCACAUCGUAUCUUUAACUUCUAAAUCUGAACAGGAGCUUUAUAUACCUUCUGUCGUCAGCAACAGUCCUUCAACAGUACAGAGCAUUGAAAACACAAGCAAAAGUCAUGGUGAAAUUUUCAAAAAGGAUGUCUGUGCGGAAAACAACAACAACAUGGCUAUGCUAAUUUGCUUAAUUAUAAUUGCAGUGCUUUUUCUUAUCUGUACCUUUCUAUUUCUAUCAACUGUGGUUUUGGCAAACAAAGUCUCUUCUCUCAGACGAUCAAAACAAGUAGGCAAGCGUCAGCCUAGAAGCAAUGGCGAUUUUCUGGCGAGCGGUCUAUGGCCCGCUGAAUCAGACACUUGGAAAAGAACAAAACAGCUCACAGGACCCAACCUAGUGAUGCAAUCUACUGGAGUGCUCACAGCUACAAGGGAAAGAAAAGAUGAAGAAGGAACUGAAAAACUUACUAACAAACAGAUAGCCAAAUCACCAAAAUGUCCAGUUAGAACAAGAAUUUAGCAUUCUGCAAAAGAAGUUAACAGCUGAGGGCCAUUUAUCAUCACUGUGUACCAAGUGGUAGAGGAGUAAGCAAUGAUAUGCUGUUUAGAUAUGCUGAAAAGAUAACGAGGAAAUAUUCUGAAAUGGAUCCCAAAUAUUUCAUCUUAAUUUUGUUUUGUGGACACCUGAACAAUACAUUUUUUUCAAAGACAGAGACAAUUACAACAGAGAAGCAGUCACAGCCUACCUUAUUCACAUCAUCAAUGUCACAUGUAUUGGCUAAUUCUCAAAACACAACAGGGAAUCCUUUGGGUCAACCAACACAAUUCAGCGACACUUUUUCUGGACAAUCAAUAUCACCUGCCAAAGUCACUGCUGGACAACCAACACCAGCUGUCUAUACCUCUUCUGAAAAACCAGAAGCACAUACUUCUGCUGGACAACCACUUGCCUACAACACCAAACAACCAACACCAAUAGCCAACACCUCCUCCCAGCAAGCCGUGUUCACCUCUGCCAGACAACUACCAUCUGCCCAUACUUCUACCACACAACCACCAAAGUCAUUUGCCUAUACUUUUACUCAACAAUCAUCAUCUGUCCAGAUCCCUUCUAGAAAACAAAUAACUGUUCAUAAUCCAUCCACACAACCAACAUCAACUGUCAAAAAUUCACCUAGAAGUACACCAGGAUUUAUCUUAGAUACUACCAGUAACAAACAAACCCCACAAAAAAACAAUUAUAAUUCAACAGCUGCCAUACUAAUUGGUGUACUUCUGACUUCUAUGUUGGUAGCUAUAAUCAUCAUUGUACUUUGGAAAUGCUUAAGGAAACCAGUUUUAAAUGAUCAAAAUUGGGCAGGUAGAUCUCCAUUUGCUGAUGGAGAAACCCCUGACAUUUGUAUGGAUAACAUCAGAGAAAAUGAAAUAUCCACAAAACGUACAUCAAUCAUUUCACUUACACCCUGGAAACCAAGCAAAAGCACACUUUUAGCAGAUGACUUAGAAAUUAAGUUGUUUGAAUCAAGUGAAAACAUUGAAGACUCCAACAACCCCAAAACAGAGAAAAUAAAAGAUCAAGUAAAUGGUACAUCAGAAGAUAGUGCUGAUGGUUCAACAAUUGGAACUGCUGUUUCUUCUUCAGAUGAUGCAGAUCUGCCUCCACCACCUCCCCUUCUGGAUUUGGAAGGACAGGAAAGUAACCAAUCUGACAAACCCACAAUGACAACUGUAUCUCCUCUUCCAAAUGAUUCUACUAGUCUCCCUCCAUCUCUGGACUGUCUCAAUCAAGACUGUGGAGAUCAUAAAUCUGAGAUAAUACAAUCAUUUCCACCGCUUGACUCACUUAACUUGCCCCUGCCACCAGUAGAUUUUAUGAAAAACCAAGAAGAUUCCAACCUUGAGAUCCAGUGUCAGGAGUUCUCUAUUCCUCCCAACUGUGAUCAAGAUCUUAAUGAAUCCCUGCCACCUCCACCUGCAGAACUGUUAUAAAUAUUACAACUUGCUUUUUAGCUGAUCUUCCAUCCUCAAAUGACUCUUUUUUCUUUAUAUGUUAACAUAUAUAAAAUGGCAACUGAUAGUCAAUUUUGAUUUUUAUUCAGGAACUAUCUGAAAUCUGCUCAGAGCCUAUGUGCAUAGAUGAAACUUUUUUUAAAAAAAAGUUAUUUAACAGUAAUCUAUUUACUAAUUAUAGUACCUAUCUUUAAAGUAUAGUACAUUUUACAUAUGUAAAUGGUAUGUUUCAAUAAUUUAAGAACUCUGAAACAAUCUACAUAUACUUAUUACCCAGUACAGUUUUUUUUCCCCUGAAAAGCUGUGUAUAAAAUUAUGGUGAAUAAACUUUUAUGUUUCCAUUUCAAAGACCAGGGUGGAGAGGAAUAAGAGACUAAGUAUAUACUUCAAGUUUUAAAUUAAUACCUCAAGUAUUAAAUAAAUAUUCCAAGUUUGUGGGAAUGGGAGAUUAAAAUGCAUGUUUGAGAAUAGAGAAA